UCUGUACCUUCGAUAAUGCAUCGUUUCAUAUGCGACACGCCUUAGUUUCGUUUGCAUGAUUUACGCCUAUAGCGAUACAUACUUUGAGCUCGAUCCAUCUAUGUGCACACGGAAUCAUCGCCAUAGUCUCUCUGCGAUCUUACGAAUUUCGCUACCGUAGCCGCGCAAGCGAAAAAGUGCACAACGUCCAAGAACGCUGCUGCCCGUGCUAUGAGACCAGUUCUCGUUACCUCAUAGUUUGCCAUAAUCGGCAACGGACUGCUUGCAAACAUCGUAUCUCGAUCGCGUGUCACGUGUUGCGCGUCCCGGUCUGCUUUUCUUACCUUCCUUUUAUUUCUUCAAAUUUUUUCCACACCGGACCGUGGAACAGAAGGAAAUUCUAACGCGGCGGACCCGCUCAAUUUACAAAAAUAAAUUAGAAAUUUCGUGUAAUUUAUCAUUUUUCACCGAUCGAUCGAUCCGUCUUGUCAUAAUUCGAAGUAGCUUGCUUGGCCAGCCCGGCCCAGAAUCAUCGCAUACCACAGAGGAAACAAGAUAUAGAACGAAAUGGUGGGGAGAUUGUCAGUGAAACUAAAGUGAACCAAGUGUUUAAGAACAGUGACGAAGAAAAAUGCACAGCUUGCGAUACACUCUCUGAAACUCCGUACUACGUUUCUUUGUGAUUUUCUUAAAUAUUUUUACGUUCAUAGUGCAGACAAUCGUGAACGAUAUUUUGUAAACUGUUGGCUUUUACAAUAUUCUUACACACGUUUACAUUUACGCUCGCUAGAUACCACGGAUUUAACAACGGAUAAACAACUGUAGUCAUCUGGUAUACCGGGUGUACGAAAAUAAGUGUCAAUCGAAAAAUUUAAAUUAGUGAUUCUAGAAAAUAAUAAUAUUAGAGAAAUUUAUUCUGUUUUUAGUGUAUAAUCCAAUUGAAUAAACGCGAUGUUUUUAUUAAUUUUUUUUUUAACGAACAUUUCACGGUUAACUUUCUAAACGGAAUUUUACAUUUUGUUCAUACUCUGUUAUAUAAAAAAGUUUUAUUAUAACGUGACCUUGAGACGUCUCCAUGUCAGAUAACUGGUAUGUUAAGAAGAUUUUUUUUUUUUUUGAACAUUUAAAUAAGAAAGGACGUUAUUUUCUUAGUUCUGUGCAACUUAUUAUCUCAUGUGUCCACUUUAAUCCACUCGAUGUUCUCAAGGUUACAUUAUAAAACCUCGAAAACUUAAAUGUAUUAUUGGACACGAGUACACACGAAAAUAAUCAAAUUGCAAGUAAAGAGGAGCAUGAAUUUUUCGUAUCCGUCUUCCAUCAAUAACAUUUCUAUCUCUGUCUUAUCAUAUUGCACACUAUUCUGUCAUGUGGGUAUGGUUCGAGCACGCGUACAUCGGAUUUCUUGAUCAGUUCGACUUUUGUGAAAUUGCAAAAGUACGGGCGAGUCUAUUCCAAAUCAGUGGUGUCAAAAAGGAGCCACUGGUUUUGCCAGAACCAGAUGGCGAAAUCACCACACUAACAGAGAAAGUUUACGUACCCGUUAAAGAACAUCCAGAUUUCAACUUUGUUGGAAGAAUUCUUGGGCCACGUGGAAUGACGGCUAAACAACUGGAGCAAGAAACGGGUUGUAAAAUAAUGGUCCGGGGGAAAGGUUCUAUGAGGGACAAGAAAAAGGAAGAGUUAAACCGCGGUAAGCCAAACUGGGAACAUCUGACAGACGAACUUCAUGUAUUAUUGACAGUUGAGGAUACAGAAAAUCGUGCCACGUUGAAACUUGCCAGAGCUGUAGAAGAAGUCAAGAAGCUCCUUGUUCCCGUGCAGGCUGAUGGAGAGGAUGAGCUAAAAAAACGACAAUUAAUGGAGCUCGCUAUCAUAAAUGGUACCUAUCGGGAUUCCAAUACGAAGGUUGCUGCAGCUACAGCAUUUGACAUUUCAGCUUGCGACGAAGAAUGGAGACGCGUUGCAGCAGCUGCAGCAGAGACGCAGCGACUUCUUCCAGGGUUGGCUGCACCCAUGAGAACACCCAGCGCUCCAUUGGGAGCACCACUAAUACUCUCGCCACGGAUAUCUGUACCGACAACCGCAGCAUCUCUUUUGAACGGCUCAGGUCCACCAGGAUCUCUUCUUUCUGCCGGUGAUCCACAUGGGUUAAUCUACACGCCAUAUGCCGACUACGCCAAUUAUGCAGCCUUGGCAGCCUCGCCGCUCCUCACGGAAUACACCACUGCUGAUCAUUCUGGUGCAGCAGCCGCUGCGAAACAGCGUAGGCACCUGGGUCAGAUUCGCGAGCACCCUUAUCAAAGGGCUGGUGCUUUGUCGUGAAUUCGGAGAGCGCGAUCACAAUACUGUACGCGCCUCCGCGAAGAGGCUUGGAGUGCUAACAAUGGAAUCCACUCGCCCCGUGCUAACACCUGGACUCUGGAACAACAUCCGCGUUCGAUCGAUUCACCAACCAGAUGACCACCUUCGUCGUUCGCAUCACCAGCCCUGUUUGUCAAGUUUAUCCAUCCUGUAUCCUCUCCGUGUUUUAAAAGUUUUGUAAUUCUCGAUUAAAUUAUUAAUAUUCGUUUCAUUAGCACUCGUAGCAAAUUCUGACGGCGUUUCGUACAUUCGACGGAUAAUCGUCUGACUGAACGUGGUAUCACACGUCGUUACAUGCGAAAAAGAAAAUCUUUUUUUUUUUUUUUUUUUUCAAAUCAAGUCAGAUUUAUCCGCGUGCAAGAUCAUGGGUAAGAGUUUAAAAUGCUUUUGGAUUUUUUAAUGUAAACGAAUGAUGAUUUUAAAGGAUCUCGUAUUUUCGAAACGAACUAUAUUAAAAUUAUCCUCUCUCAGCUGUAGAAUUAACAAAAUGUCAAUAUAAUUUAUUAUUAACUUUCCUCUCGAAUGUAAGACUGUUUCUUUAUAAGUACAGAAUCUAUUCAGUUCUUAUUUUUUAUUAUGCCGUGUCGAAAAAGAUCAUUGAUUUCUUACCAAAACCGUUCGUGCGAUGUUCCCGUCGUAACGAAGGAACAGUUCAUGUUUUAACAUUAGAAUAUUAACUUAUUUAUUGUUAAAAUAAAAGAUUUUUUGGCUUUUUUUCCAGGGUCACGUUUCUAUACAGAAUGUUUCAUAUGGUGUGAUAUAAUCAGAAAAUGAGAAAUUCUCGAGUGAAAAGUAAAAUGACUUUGAAUAGUUUUUAUUAUCAUUUAAAGUUAAUGUUUAAAUUAUUCAAAAUCAGAAUUUUCAUUGCAGAACCGAAAAGACGAACGAAAGAAUUGGCCUUUAGUGGAUUAGUCACACCUCUGCAUACACACAUAUUCGGUCAUCAUUAUUAAACUCGGAUAUAUUACAUGGUAAACUAAAUUUCAACACUGUUUCAUCGGUGAUGAAGUAAAAGGAGAAGACAAAAUGGGCUUAAAAACAUCUUGAUCGAUUUAUUCUCCGUCCAAUUCGAAUUUCUCGAAGAAAUGGAUACCUAGCUCUCGGUCCUUGGAUCACAAAUAAUUCCGAGAAGGGCUUUAGACUUCGAAAUGGAUAGAAAUCAGUCGAUAAAAAAAGUCCAAAUUGCAUACAGGUUGUUUCGAUAUGUUAUUAUCUUGCUCAGUCAAAACAUGUGUAAUCAGAAUCGAAUCUUCUUCAAUAACAUCAAGGAUAUCAGUCCUCCGAUCGACAGAUCACGUUAUUAAUGAUUAUCGAUCGUCAAAUUUUCACACCUGAAUCUCGAAUAGCAUUCAAACGCCACACACCUGCUAAUGACGAUUAAAUCCAUAAAUAUCGUUAAUAUUCAUAACGAUUUUUCAGCCUUUACACCUUUCGAAGAGUCGUAGUAUAACAAUUACCGAAUUUCCACUCGUGAAAGCUCCAUUUCCCAAACAUCAUGCGUAUAUAGCACAUCAAACUACCCCCCCGCAAGAUACUCUAAUUUUUUCCUUUGAAAGGCGAUCGACUUUUUUUAGAUAUUUGCAAAUAACUAUUACUGGUAGCUGUUGCAUCACUGGACAAUGUUUCGCAGUGAUGACCGCUACGUUUAUUAAUAUCUUGAAAAUUAUUUAAUUCCUGAAACUAAAAUUCUAUGUUUCUGCAUCCAUUUCCACCGCCAUUUGCAAAUAUCUCAGGAACGAAAACCAAAAAAAAGGUUGUUGAAAAUACCGUCCUUUGUAACAUAUUUAAAAACGAACGAAAUCCAUGGUGAGAGGCAUCAUCAAAGGACAGCGUUAUGUGUCAUGGUGCUGAAAUUUAGUUUACAACCUAAUACUCGUAUGCCUAAGGGCCGAAUGGUGGUGGUUACACACGCGUAAAAGUUUGUAUUGGAUGGAGCUCGAUGUUAUCGCUCCUUCCAACCGUGUACAGUAUAUCGAAUUUCUUAAUGCACUUAAUAUAUCACUUUUAGAUCGAAUUAGAACAACUCAUAUUAUAUAUUCUCACAGAUAGUCUUACAGUUUUUUUUUUUUUUUAAUUAUUAUUUUGUUAUCUACUAACUAUCCGUUAUAAAUUUUAUACAUUUUAUAUACUCAGUGUCCGCAAAGCCUUACUCUAUCGAUCUAAUCAAAUGUUUAAUAUUUUCUCUGUACCAUUGACUAUUUAUAUUUGCUGAAGUAAGGAAUUCCUUAUUAUAUUCAGGGAACUGUAUUUUUUUAUUUUUUUUUUCUUCGAAUUUCUUUGACUUAUUGUUAAUGUAUAGUUAUUAGUAAUAAGUAUAAAAAUGUUACGUUUAAUUUCUGGUUUCUAUAUACAUGUGAGUAGGUGGCAGAAGUAUGCUUAUUCCAUAUUAAUCGAAAUAAGCCAGAUGCUCAUACAUAUGUGUGUAUUGAUCAUUAAUGAUGCCUGUUUUAAUGGAAUAUGUGUUUGUAGAAAAUUGUGUCGUAGUCAUAAAUCGCGAAGGUAUAAUUCAGCCAAGCAAGAGUGAAGUAGAUGCGACUCGACGGACGUUCUGGCUCGUGAAAACAUCAGUUGUCCAAUCCCACGGAAUUAGACAAAUUUUUAUUUUCGAACAGCGAAUAGAACAUUUCAGAUUUAUUCGCGAACUAAUUUUUAUUUACGUUUUCAUCUUUUCAUGCAUUCGUAAAUUAGAAUUGGUUAACAGAUUUAUUUUAAAAUGUUAUUCAAUAAAUCAAAUGUUUAUUCGUUAUUUGAAAAUAAAAUUUACUCGACUCUGUCGUCCCAAAUCUAAUUAGUGUAUCUGUCCACAAUUUCAACCCUCUAAAACUCACUCACACUUGACGGAACUAUACUUAUCUUAUUACGUACUCAACUAGGUUUCUAUGUAACUAACAACGUUAUUAUAUUUUAAUCGAUUUAAUCUUCAACUUAAUUUAUUUUUAACUAAAGAAUCUCAUUUCUCUGUUGUAUCACACCUACCGCAGAGCCAAUAUUAUAGGGGAGACCUUAAGAUCAUACCGCGCAAUCAAAACAAAUUUUCAUAUUUAAUGUUGCCAAUCGCAGACUCGUAAAACGAACAUUUGUCUGCGAUGUGUAAAAUUAAUUAUAUAGUACUUAUAUUGUUAACAGAACAACGGAACAAAGAGGAGAAGUGGGUAAAAAAUGAGAUAAGAAAUUUAAAUAAUAUAAUGUAUUUUGUAUAAUUAAGAAUAUAACACGUUUACUUGUAAUAGGUGCAAUAUAAAAUCAAAAUUUCUUUUCGUCUUGAUGUUUUGUACUUGGAAAGUAAAAUUAGUGCUAAGUCUAGUUCAACUCGUAAAAUGAGAACAAUUCGUAAAAAUAUUUUUUAUCGCGACUGUUUAAUCUUAAGUGAAACAGUAAAAUUCGAUCGAGACAGUUUAAUACUAAUAGAUCGCAAUAUUAAAAUACAUUGAAACGUAACGUAAUAUAAAGAUAUGAUUUGUUAGAUAUAAAAUUUAAUUGUAAGCUAUAUUAGAAGAAAUUCAAUGAAUAUGUAAUUUUAAAGAAAUAUAUAAAGGCAAUAAAUAUUGCAUGAAUUACUGUGGAUUUACAGUACUCGUAAAUUUGAUAUUGACAAUAAAACGAAAUGAAAGGUAAUGAAAUCAAAAUAUUGAAAUGUACUAAUUAGGUAUUGCAAUUAUUUAAGUUUCUUUUAAAUAUAUUAAUUUGUUAUGUGACUAAAAAGAAUCUCCAUUUUUCUUAACAAAGAGAUGUUAUUCUAUGUUUUACUAUACUGUAAUCGGAAAAUUUUGUUAUGUAAUAUUAUGGUGCAAUUUACUUGUAAAGUAAUAAAUUUCAACCGUUUAUCGAACAUUUUCAAUCUUAUAAAUUGAGAUAAGUUCUUAUAAAAAAAAUAUUCAUUUGUGAAAAGUGUAGGGUACAAAGGUCUAUUAACGAAAUAGUACUACAAAUUGUGUCGUUAUAAAUCAACGAGCAAUUUGAUUAAUGUAAAAACUAUUUUUACCUGUUUCUGUUGCAAAAUCACUACUUAUAAUAUUAGUUACUAUAUUACAUACGAAAUAUGUCUACAUGGAUGAGAAUGGUUAUAUGUUAGAUUGAUUUAUUUAUCAGUGAAUAUAACAUUAGAUAUAAAACGAA